CAUAAAUAUGUUUUAGUUUUAAUUUCAUUCUUUAAAGUUAAAUUCAAAACUAAUUUAAUAUUCGAAUGGAGUAUAAUCGAAGUAUGUUUAAAUAUCUACCCAAUGUAUUUGUUAAAUACUAAAUACUUAAUAUUUAAUUACAUUUACAUUUCCCACAUUUAAGUCCAACUAGUUUCCCCAACCAAAGUGCAAGUAAUUCAAUUUUAAACAAUUUGUCCUGAGGCUUUAAGGGUUUUUCUGGUAUUCCGAGUGGAGUGGGCGUAGUUAAUUAAAAAAUCAGUUGCAGGCUGAAGGUUCCCAUGCCCCAUAAUCUAUAAAAUAGUCCUGGCAUAGCACUCGACAUUUACUUGUCAAUCCGCUGGAGAAUGGGUAAGAUCUCGCUUUACGGCCUGGACGCCAGUCCACCAACUCGGGCCUGUCUGCUCACCCUGAAGGCACUGGAUCUGCCCUUCGAGUACGUGUUCGUCAACCUGUUCGAGAAGGAGAACUUCAGCGAGGAGUACUCGAAGAAGAAUCCGCAGCACACGGUGCCACUUCUGCAGGACGACGAUGCCUGCAUCUGGGACUCGCACGCCAUCAUGGCCUAUUUGGUGGAGAAGUAUGCCUCCUCUGAUGAGUUGUAUCCCAAGGAUCUGCUGCAGCGAGCCAAAGUGGACCAACUGAUGCACUUUGAGUCGGGAGUCGUUUUCGAGGCUGCUUUGAGGAGACUCACUCGUCCGGUUCUCUUCAACGGAGAGUCCACCUUGCCACGGAAUCAGGUUGAUCACAUCAACCAGAUCUACGACUUUCUGGAGACCUUUCUCGAUGACCACGAUUACUUGGCCGGUGACCAUCUGACCAUCGCUGACUUCAGUAUUGUGUCGACCAUCACCUCGAUUGGGGUUUUCCUGGAGAUGGAUCCGGCCAGGUAUCCCAGGAUUGCCGCCUGGCUGGAGAGGCUCAAGGAGUUGCCCUACUACGAGGAGGCCAACGGCAACGGAGCCACCCAGUAUGUGGACCUUUUGAGGUCCAAGAAUUUCACCAUCGUUCCCUAAAGAAAAAGGGAACUCCCAGAACGUUCCAGUUGCACUAGUUGGCUUUAUAAUUUUGAGGAGUCCUCGUUUGUUACUAGUUAUAUUAGAUUCAUUUACUUAAAAAGUAUUUGGUUUAAGAUUUUUAAAGUCGUUAUAAUUUGUAAAUAAAAUGUUUACUAUUGGCAAAAAAAAGCAAUUAAAAUAUUUUACCGAAAUGUAGAAUUUAUUUUU